CCCCUUUAGCAGAUGCUAGUUUCCUUGUCACUUAAGCUCAAGUGACUGCACACAGUACUCCAGACUCUCAUUGUCCGUCAUCCUCUGCACACCUAUAAAGACACCUGACAAACUCCAGCCAUGGCCAAUAAGGAUUAUCUGCUCUUCUUGGAGUAUUCUGCUGAAAACACAACUGACCCAAAUUACGUAGUCAGUAGUCCUGUCCAGCUCUGUUCAAAGGAAAAUGUCAAUGAGUUUGGUGCGACAUUCAUCCCGAUUUUCUACUAUGCCAACUUCCUCCUGAGUUACCUUGGCAACGGGCUCGUCCUCUUCAUCAUUUACAAGUUUGAGAAGCUGAACACGGUGACAAACAUCUUCCUCCUGAACUUGGUCCUAUCCAACAUACUCUUUGCCUUCAGUCUUCCCUUCUGGGCAACGUACCAUAUGUCUCAGUGGAUUUUUGGCAUUGCUAUGUGUAAGAUAGUCAGUAGUGCCUACUUCAUUGGUUUCUACAGCUCCAUCCUCUUCCUCACACUCAUGACAUUUGACCGAUACCUUGCAGUUGUGCAUGCAGUGGCAGCUGCCAAGAGCAGAAAAAAAGCAUAUGCCAUCGUUGCAUCAGUGGCAGUUUGGUGUAUCAGUAUUGUAGCAAGUGUGAAAGAGCUGGUUCUCCGAAAUGUGUGGCACCAUUCCCAGUAUGGAGAGAUGUGUGACGAGUCAGGAUACCCUAAGAGCACCAUGCAGCGCUGGCGUCUGGUCAGUUAUUACCAACAGUUCCUGCUCUUCUUUCUUCUGCCUCUGUUCAUGGUGAUGUACUGUUACAUCAGCAUUACUAUCCGCAUCAUGUCCACCCGCAUGAAGGAGAAGUGCCGUGCGAUCAAGCUCAUAUUUGUCAUCAUCUUCACCUUCUUCAUCUGUUGGACGCCUUACAACAUUGUCAUUCUCCUUCGAGCUAUUCAGAUCUCCACCACCACCAAGGAUGAUGACUCUGAAUGCUCUGAUUCUGAAGGAUUGGACUUUGCACUGUAUGUGACCCGGAACAUAGCCUAUUUGUAUUGUUGCAUUAGUCCUGUGUUUUACACAUUUGUGGGAAAGAAGUUCCAGAGUCACUUCAAAAGACUGAUUGCAAAGAAGAUCCCCUGUCUGAAGAGACACAUCAGCCUCAGCAGCCAGAGCACCAGAACCACAUCACAGAGGACGCCACACUCUGCUUAUGAGUACUAGACAGACACACUCACGCAUACUGUAAAAAUGACAAUUUAUUGUCUUUGGGAUAAGUGAGCAUUUCAAGUUGUAAGGAUAUAGAAAUAUAAAUGAUCAUCAUUUAAUGAAAAAGCUGAUAAAUUAGUUGAAGUGAGUCCUGAUAACACAUAAUCAUCUUUUUAAAGAUUAAUUUCUUUGGCCUUUUCAAGCUUUAUUUUGAUAGAGACAGCUGAAGAGUGACAGAGAGAGAUGGGGAAUGACAUGCAGGAAAGAGCCACAGGUCGGAUUUGAACCCUUGGCUUCCACAGCAAGGACUGAGCCUUCACACAUGGGGCGGCUGCUCUACCAACUGAGCUAAACACCACCCCAAUAACCCUUAGCUGAAUUAACUCAUUUAAAAUUAGAAGAAAUUCUGUUCUCUGAAGUUCUGUUCUCUUCAUCUCAUCUUAUAUUCAGUUGUAAGAGUUGACAGCUAGACUUAAAUCAUCUGCUUUUCACUUUCAAAUAGCAAGCUAUGUUUUAAACAUGUAAUGUAUUUGUGUUGAAAUUCUUAAGUAAGCAUUUGAAAAAGGUUAGUCCCCAUAACAGCAGCCCAGGUUCAGUUUAUCCUGCAGCAUGAGUCUGAGUGGUUUGCAAAUUUCGAUAUUGCUCCUCUCUUUAUUGGAAGCAAUAGUUAUUGUGUACAGCUUUAAGGUAAUUCUGCUAUUGAUAAUAUAUAGAUAUAAUGUGGAAGUGACUGUGUCAGGUUGAGGCUGAGACAACCAACCACGUGGCAACGUGCUGGCAACCCCAGGGCCUCUGAAAACUAGUUUGUGCCUUUAAGGCCCUUAUCAAGCUUAGCCCUGACAUGCAGGAGUCUUAAAGAUUGAGACUAGUGUUAUAUACAUUUUUUCUUGCUGUCAACGAAUCCCAGUGGAUUCAGAGUGUAAUUCAUUUAUAUGUUGCUGUCAUAAAUAUUCACAGUAAAUGUCAAAGGUUACUUUUCUUGAAAAACUUUAGAUAGCCCAUGCUUCUAUAUGCAGCUUAAUGAUUUUAUGCAUCAGUUUCAGGCGUGCUCCUGGCCUGGUCAUUAUACUGAGUGUUUCAAUCUUGUUGAUUUAGUGUUGGAUUUAAAGUUUGUUAAAAUGUGAUGCAUUUAAUACUUAAACGUAACCAAGUGCUUUAAAUAAAUAGUUCAUUAACCUCUCAAUAAAUAUGCCACUCAACCUGU